AUGCAUAUGGGCGAUGCGGUGCUCUCCACCUCGACCGGAUCAGUCCAGGUAUGACGAAGUAGGACACCAGUGGUGUCAAGUCUUGCAAGCUUCGAGAUCGAACGAAUUGAGCAGUCUGCGAGAAACACGUCGCUGGGGUUUGAAAGGCAAAGAAGAUCAAUGGAGGAGGACCAGACAUGAGGAGCGUGGCCCUUUUAUGACGGUCGCGUAUCUUCUAACUCAGAUACACGCCCCGAAUGCGAGUGGACGAAUUGGGAUGUAA